AGCUGUACAUCCCACAUCUCAAUUGUCGGUUUAUGUAAAGAUAUGUGAUUGUUAAAGGGAGAAGAAAAAAUAAAUUGUACUAAAAUCAGAGAUGGUGAAGAAAGUGGAGCAGUGGCAUUGGAGUUUUCUUCACAAGAACAAUUACUUCCUUCUCAAAUUGGGUGUUUCACUUCUUUUAGCAGGCCUUGCUUUUAUGCUUAUCUUCAACGAUUCUUCACCAAUUCUAACUGCACCCUUUGUUGAAACCACGAUUUCUGCCGAUUCUGCAGAAAAAGAAAAAUGCAAUCUUUUUAUUGGGGAUUGGGUGUAUGAAGCAGAGCCUCGUUACACAAAUAGCAGCUGCAGCUUCAUUGAAGGCCACCAGAACUGUAUGAAAAAUGGCCGCCCCGACUCCGGCUAUCUCCACUGGAGGUGGAAGCCCCGGGACUGUGAGUUGCGUCGCCUUGACCCCCGGGGCUUCCUUGACUUGAUGACCAACAAAAGCUGGGCCUUCAUUGGUGAUUCCAUUUCAAGAAACCACGUCCAUUCUAUCCUUUGUGGACUCUCAGUGGUUGAGAAUCCAAUCGAAGUCUACCACGAUGAGACCUACAAAAAUCGAAGAUGGCUCUUCCCAUCGUACAACUUCACCCUAUCGGCUCUCUGGUCUCCUUUCCUGACGUACGCAGCCACCUUUGAAGAUAGCAACGGCGUUUCCACAGGUGAUAUCCAACUGCACCUUGAUGUACUCGACAAGAAUUGGACCGAGCAGUACAAGAGCCACGAUUAUGUAAUGCUAUCCGUUGGCAAAUGGUUCACAAAAACAGCAAUCUACUACGAGAACAACACCGUGUUGGGCUGCUACAACUGCACCAAUAGCGACCUCACCAAGUUACGUUUCAACUUUGCAUACCGCAGAGCAAUGAGGACUGUUUUCGACUACAUUGUAGGAUCGAAUCAUGAAGGUGUGACGUUUUACAGGACCUCCUCUCCGGACCACUUUGAGGGGGGCGAGUGGUUCAGUGGUGGGACGUGUAAGAGAAGAGCACCGGUGAAGGAAGGGGAGUUUGAGUUGAACAAGCCAGACAGGCUUCUACGCGACGUGGAGCUAGAGGAAGUGGAGAAGAUAUUGGCUAAGGCAUCAGAGAAGGGGGUGAAUCUCAGGCUUUUCGACGUGCACCUAAUGUCAUUGUUGAGGCCCGAUGGACACCCGGGACCCUACAGAUUUUAUCAGCCGUUCGCAGAAGACGAGAAGGCGAAGGUGAUAAACGACUGCCUGCAUUGGUGUCUGCCUGGUCCUAUUGAUUGUUGGAAUGAUGUGUUGAUGGAAAUGGUGUUAAAUGGUUGAGAGAUUUGAUGAUUCUUGCAAUGAUCAAUGGUGGUGGAUUCAUGAGAUUUUGAAGCAUUUUUUUCUUGAAAUAGACGAUGAUAAGAAUUAGCAUCCCAAAAGGGGAGUUUUUUUUUUAAGUUUUAAAAAUGGGUAAAA